GUGGGUUUAAAAUAUAGGACUGUAGGUCUUAUUGAUCACGUUAAUCAUUAUUUACCUUUAAAUGGACAGGAUGGCAUUAACAAAAGAAAUCAAAUUAUAUUACUUUCCCAGUUCGUAUUAUUCACUUAAGGCUUUGCUAACAUUAUAUGAAAAGGAUGUGCAAUUCGAAGAACAAGUGGUCAACAUCGCAACGGGAGAACAACAUCAGGAUUGGUACUUGGCCAUCAACAAAAAUGGGGAAGUUCCAGUUUUGAAAAUAGACGGGAAAUAUAUCGCAGAGUCCGAAACUAUCAUAGACAUCGUCGAUGAAACAUUUCCUUCCGGUUCAAACCUGGUACCAGAUCUGGAAACUAGAUAUGGAAGUGACGUCAGAGAGUUCCGGAAACUGCUUCAUGACAUACCUGUAGAUAUAAUUUCGCAAGGAAUUUUAUGUAACCGUCAUUUAAAACAUAAAGAUGGAGUCAUCGAAGUACCAGACAUUUUCUCACGUGAAAAUGCAGAUAAAAUGUUUACUGAAGAUAUAAACAAGCUGCGCAGGAAACGAGAAAAUAGUCCACCGGAAGUUCAAGAUGCCAUUGACCAGAAGAUUGACAAGAUAUCAUCGAGGCUUUCAACUGUGAUGAACGAAACCAAGAUCAUUAAAUGCUUAGAUGACCUUGAACCCAUAUUUGAUAAAAUUGAAGAAAGGCUGGAAAAGUCACAACUAGAUCACAAAGGGAGUCCAAAUAUCUGGUUGUUUGGUCCAGCUUUCACUGCGGCAGAUAUUACGGCGGCAACGUUAUUCCUCCGUCUGAAGUUGAUUGGGCUCGAUACUCGAUAUUUCUCGACCACAACAAGACCUUUAGUAUACGAGUACUAUACGAGAUUAAUGAAAAGACCUUCAGUUGUUAAAAUGAAGACAAAAUUGGGCAGUUUGAAAGGCGUUGUGGCAAAAAUGAAGCUUAAAACAUACGGAAUAAAAGCCUUAAAAGUAGGUCUGGUCGUGGGACUUAUCGGUCUUGGAUAUUUUGGUUUUAAAGAGUACUUCAAGAACGCAAAGAUACUUCAGAAAACCUAAUCCAUUACCUCUUACAAAAUGUUACAGAACUAUUUUUCAUAAUUUCUUAAUUUGACAAAAAACUCUUUAAUGCUAGUAUCUUAUAAGGGCAGUUUAGUUUUCUUUUUUUUUAAAAGAUAUCAUACAUGUAAACAUUCUGAUAGAAGAAUCUGUUAAACGUUUUUUUUUCAUUACUAUUAGUAAAAUAUUUCAUUCGGGGUAAUAUAGCUCAAAAUUUGUGUACAUUGUUUUAUUGAACUUUGAUUAAGUUCUCUGCUUUUUGACCACUUUAAAAAUUCCAAAUUUACAUAUUAUGUAGUAUUAUUUUAUAAACAGUCUUUGAGAAAAAUAAAAUCACUUUUAGGGGUGAACUUUAUGAAUUAUACAUCUUUUACUCAUUGAAGAACUUCUGAGUACGCGUGUCGGAAGUUGGCA